CUUCAAAAACGCAUGUUCAAAAAAAAUAAACAUUUUCGGUAAUCAUUAAAAUGGGAAAAGUUAAAAAUCUCGAGAAAAAGGCAAAGCCAGUAGCUGAAUUUGAUAAGAAGACACCAGAGAAUCGUAAGAAGUCGAUUAAUGAUGGAGUAGUGAAGAAAAAAUUAAAGGCAAAGGAUAAAAUAGAAAAAGUUGUAGCCUCUGAAAAAAAGAGCCAGAAAAGUGUCAAAAGGAAGAAGUUGAAGAUUUUACAGCAAAUUAAAAAGGAAGUAGAAGAGCAUCAAUCAAAAAGUCCUGAAGAUGAAAAGUCCGAGGACGAUGAUAAAUUAAUUAAACGCGAACUUGUCAAAAAGGCUAUUAUUGCUUUAAAAGAUGGAAUCAACAAGGAAAAUGAGAAGAGCGAUAAAAAGAAUCUAUUUGAUGAGGAACUACGCCUUGGAUUGCAAGUUAUUGCUGCUAAAAUACCUCAGUGUCCAAAUCAUACCCGAAAAAUACUGCUUAAACACUCAUUGUUUGAUCAGCAACCGGAUAUUUGCUUCUUCAUUAAGGACUCAAUUCCAAAAAAGGCUGAUCAAGAUGAAAACAUCAGAACUUUCGAAGAAAAGUUGAAGGAAGCAGGAAUUGAAAAUGUAAAGACUAUAAUCCCGAUUUCUAAGCUUAAGGAUGACUAUAAAUCAAACAACUUGAAGUUGAAACUUUGCAAUAGCUAUGACGUGUUCUUAGUUGAAUCAGAAAUUGCUGAGCAUGUCUAUGCAAUUUUGGGCAAGCAUUUCAUUACAAAACGUAAACGUCCAAUGCAAAUUGACAUGAAGAAGGAAAAAUCCUUUAAGACAUCGAUCGAAAAUGCAACUAAGAAAGUUUCAUUCAAAUUAAGCUCAACCAGUAAUUUGUCAUGCUUUGAAGUCGGUACAAUGAAGAUGGAAAAUGUCGAUAUGGCUGAUAAUAUUAUGUCAGCAAUUGAUCAAUUAAAAGAUAAAUGGCCAGGAACUUGGAAAAAUAUUUCUCGUUUAUAUCUUAAGCCAAUGAAACCAUCAAAAGUAACCAUACCAAUUUACUAUUCAAACAUUAAUCCAAAUGACGUUGAAGUUCCAGUCAUUCAAGGCGCAAAACAAAACAGACUCGAUAAAUUGGCCGAUGAAUUGAAGAAAAAAUCCAAGAAACUUAAACUUGACAUUCGAAAAAAGAAAAUUGUUAAGAAUAUAGCCACACCUAAAGCUGUAGGUGGCAAAAAAGAAAAGAAGGCUGACAAAAUCAAGGGCAAAAAGGCAGCAGCAGCUGAAGUUAAGGAUGACAAAGUUGAGGCAAAAUCAGAGGCAUCAACUGUGGAGCCUGUCAAAAAUAAGAAAAAGAAGAAGGCAAGCAUAACUGAAGAAUCAGUUCCGAAAGUCAUUAACGAUGCUGUUGCAUCUGCAGAUGAGCCAGCCAAGAAAAAGAAAAAGAAGGCUGUAAACAAAGAACCGAAAGUCGAAGAAUCUGUUGAGCAGCCUGCACUUGAAAAGCCGAAAAAAAUUAAAAAUAAAAAUAAACCAAAAUCUAAUUUGGUCGACGAAACAGCAGUGACUGUAUCUGAAAAAGAGCCGAUAUCUAUUAAGAAGAAAAAGAAGGAUAAGAAAAACAAAGCGUAAAUUGAAUUUUCAUCAAGGAAAAUCUUUUCUUUUUUUUCCAUUCA